AUGAGAAGAUGCAAAGAGAGAACUUACGAUUUCGAUAAAGAAUACACAGCUAAGUACGUAAGACUGAUACAGAAUGAACCAUGCCCUGGAGAUCCACCAUGUAUUGCCAUCAACAAACUCGAUUUAUUAGGUGAUGUGAUUGGUCCUGAUUCAAAUCAAAUUGAAGAGGAUUUUGUUUCAUUCCAUGAUGACGAUGAUGAUGUGAGUAUCAUUGGUCACAUCUCUAAGAACGGCAAUGUUAAAAUAAACUAA